UUUAGCACUUAGCUGUUUCUUACUCUUUCAACUCAAUUUCAGUAUAGAUAAACGUUACUGUCAUCAGUCUGCUCAAUGCAAUGACUGCUGAAAUAUGGUUUUAACGUGAAUAUAAUAAAUUAUUGGAUGUCUGUGGCUCCUCGCCAGUAGGUGGCAGUAGUUCUUUGUAUCGUAGAUGUAGCUAGCCGGCCACAUUGGUGCUAACAAUGGCAGCCUCCUCGGAGAUCCAGCUGGAUCAUCUUCCUUCAGACCCACUUCUCCACAUCCUGUCCUACCUGAGCUACAGAGACGUGGUCCAUUGCAGCUACGUCAGUAAGAGGUUAAACGAUCUGUGCAAACACAACCCGCUGUGGAGGCGCCACUGCUGUAACCACUGGCUGCUGACAGAUGCAGACCGGUUGCAGAGUGGCCUGUCCUGGUGCAGCCUUUUUAAGAAGUUCUACUCAGACCUGGGUCGGUAUAUUGAACACUACGUGGUUCUGAAGAAGUCCUGGGAGCAGCUGAAGAACUUCCUGCAGCAGCGAUGUCCUCGUAUGAUCGCCUCGCUCAAAGCCGGCGCCACAGAAGUGGAGUUAGAAGAAAUUGAGGGUCAGAUUGGCUGUAAGCUCCCUGAUGACUAUCGCUGUUCGUAUCGGAUCCAUAACGGCCAGAAGCUAGUGAUCCCCGGGCUGAUGGGCAGCAUGUCCCUGUCCAACCACUACCGUUCUGAGGUCCUGCUGGACGUGGAGACGGCGGCUGGAGGCUUCCAGCUCAGGAAGGGGAUGAGACGCUGCCUCCCGCUCACCUUCUGCUUCCACACGGGCCUCAGCCAGUACCUGGCUCUGGAAGACGCUGAGGGACGCCGGAAGAGCGAGAGCUUCUACCCCUGUCCCGAUCAGACAGCUCAGGAUCCCUCAGCCAUCGACAUGUUCAUCACAGGUACCAGUUUUUCAGACUGGUUCACUGGUUACGUCAACAACGUGGUCACAGGGGAGUAUCCCAUCAUCAAAGACCAGAUCUUCAGGUACGUUCACGAGAAAGGCUGUGUGGCCACCACCGGUGACAUCACCGUUUCUGUUUCUACCUCCUUCCUACCGGAGCUCUCCUCCGUCCACCCGCCUCACUUCUUCUUCACCUACAGGAUCAGGAUAGAAAUGUCCCGCAGCGCCUCGCCUGAAGCAGCCUGCCAGCUGGACAGCCGCUACUGGAAAAUCACCACCUCCGACGGGAAUGUGGAGGAGGUCCAGGGCCCGGGCGUGGUCGGAGAGUUUCCCAUCAUGACGCCUGGGAAGGUGCACGAGUACGCUAGCUGCACCACCUUCUCCACCCCGUCGGAGUACAUGGAGGGUCACUACACAUUCCACAGUCUAGCCAACAAGGAGGAGGUUUUCCAGGUGGCGAUCCCUCGUUUCCACAUGGUUUGUCCUCCUUUCAGAGAACCUCCAACCAGAACGCAGAACGCUUCCACCAGCGACUCGACUCUCUUUGACAAAGGAGACUUCUGUAAGGAAGACGAUGAAGACGAUAACGGGGAUGACAUUGGACGCCAUAGGGGAAUCGACGUGGUUGCCUUUGAGGGGUCGUGGUGCCCUCGGCUCACCUGACCUCUGACCCCAGUCAGCCGAGGUCCUGCACGGGGAUUAUGGGACAGCAGCGACAAAGAGCCAUACAGGAACUAAGUGUCCAGAACUUCCAGUUGCCAAACUAAACCUGAGUGGGUGUGGUGUUGUUAAAAUGAUUCUGUUUGUGAAAUGUUCUCAAAGACUGAUGAAUCCGGGUCAGACAGACACGUAACCUCCAGUUGGUGAGUGUUCCAGAUUCCCAUCAGGAACGUCAGUUUUCUGGACUUCAAAACUUGGAGCAAUUAGAAAGUGACCUGGAGUUUUAUUUUUUAAACACAAAUGUUUUUCCAAUGCAGGAAUAAAAACGCAGCCGAUUAGCUGCUCAGCUGUAGCCUGCCGCCUAGUGGAAACACGUGGUAUUACAUAUAUUUGUCUGACAUCACUUCCUGGUGGGAGUUAAAGAAAAAUAACUAGAUUUUAAUCAAAUCAAAAGAAAAACAAAUGUAAAUAUCAUUUUUAAAUCUAGAUGAUGUGAUGAAAGCUGCAGAACGUGAGUUUUUCUGGUGGAAGAAAAGCUGAUUUGUUUAUUUUGAGCCUGGAUGUUUACAGGGAUGUUCAGACAGAAACGGGGCAUUAUUUAGGUGUUGUGUGAUUUUUGGUCAGCAUCGGGUUUCUUUAUUUGAGUUGAAUAAAAACAGAAAUAUGG